AUGGGGGCCUUGGCUGGGGCCCUGUCCUCAUUACUGCUGGGGUUACUGCUCACAUCCACUCCAAGGGCCCACAGUGCCACCCCUGGUCUCGUGGCCAGGAUAACUGAUAAAGGCCUGGAAUAUGCCGCCAAGGAGGGGCUGUUGGCACUGCAAAGCGAGCUGCACAAGAUCACACUGCCCGACUUCACCGGGAACUUCAAGAUCAAGCACAUCGGAAGUGGGCACUAUGAGUUCCACAGACUGAACAUCCACAGCUGCGAGCUGCACAACUCUGCUCUGAGGCCCCUCCCGGGCCAGGGCCUGAGCUUAACCAUCUCUGACUCCUUCAUCAGGGUCCAGGGCAAGUGGAAGGUGCGCAAGUCAUUCCUGAAACUACAAGGUUCCUUUGACCUGCGUUUCAAAGGCAUCAGUAUUUCAGUCAACCUUCUCUUGGGCAGCGAGGCUUCUGGGAGGCCCACGGUCACCACCUCCAGCUGCAACAGCCAAAUCUGUGAUGUGGAUGUGGAUAUCUCAGGAGAUUUGAACUGGCUGCUAAAUCUGUUCCAUCAUCAGAUCGAGUCCAGGUUCCAAAGAGUGCUGGAGAGCAAGAUUUGUGAAAUGGUCCAGCAAUCAGUGAUCUCUGACUUACAAUCUUAUCUUCAAACUAUGCCAGUCACAACAGAGAUUGAUAGUUUCGCCAGUAUUGAUUACAGCUUACUGGAGGCCCCUCAGGCAGCAGCCCAAAUGCUGGACGUGAUGUUUAAGGGUGAAAUAUUUAACCUGAAUCAACGUUCCCCAGUUGCUUUCCUUCCUCCUGUCAUGAGUCUUCCUGAGGAGCACAGUAAAAUGGUCUACUUUGCCAUCUCAGAUUAUGUCUUCAACACGGCUAGCCUGGUGUAUCACCAGGCAGGGUACCUGAACUUCUCUGUCACCGAUGACUUGAUUCCGCCUGACUUUCACAUCCGACUGACCACCAAGUCCGUCCGACCCUUCAUCCCCCGGAUAGCCAGGCUAUACCCUAACAUGAACUUGGAGCUCCAGGGAACAGUGGUCUCUGCCCCAUUCCUGGCCUUCAGCCCUGGGAAUAUGUCCUUGACCCCCCAGAUGGAGAUCAAGGCCUUUGUGCUCCUGCCCAACUCACUGCGGGAGUCUGUCUUCCGGCUUGGUGUGGCCACUAACGUGUCCGCCAUGUUGAGCUUCAACACCAGCAAGAUCACGGGGUUCCUGAGGCCAGGAAAAGUACAAUUGGAACUGAAGGAAUCCAAAUUUGGAGUAUUCAAUGUGGAGCUGUUGGAAGCACUCAUUAACUACUACGCUGUCAACAACCUCUACCCUAAGGUCAAUGAGAAGCUGGUGAAAGGUUUCACUCUCCCUCUGCUAAAACGAACUCAGCUCUACGACCUUGUUCUCCAGAUCCACAAGGACUUCCUGUUCUUGGGUGCCAAUGUUCAGUAUACCAGAGAAUGA